AUGAAAAAAUUUAGCACUUGGCGUCGUCUUUGGCUAUGGCUUGCAACUUCUCAAAAGAAACUCAAUUUGGACAUUACUGAUGACCAGCUAGAAGAAAUGACUGCAAAUCUUGAGAAUAUAGAUUUUGAACAUGCUACUCAAGAAGAGAAACGUGUACGUCAUGAUGUUAUGGCACAUAUUCAUACAUUUGCCAUUUGUUGCCCUAAAGCAGCUCCUAUUAUCCAUUUGGGAGCCACAUCUGCUUAUGUUGGAGACAAUACUGAUUUGAUUGUUCUUAGAGAUGGAUUUGAUAUCAUACUUCCCAAGCUUGCACGUUGCAUUCAUAGAUUAGUGAAGUUUGCUGAGGAGCACAAAAGUCUCCCUUGUUUGGGCUACACACAUUUACAACCAGCACAGCUGACGACAGUGGGUAAACGAGCAUGUCUGUGGAUCCAAGACUUGCUGAUGGAUCUUCGUAACCUAGAAAGAUCCAGAAAUGAUCUUAGAUUCCGUGGGGUUAAAGGAACCACAGGAACGCAGGCCAGCUUCUUGGAACUGUUCAAUGGUGAUGAAGAGAAGGUUGAAAAACUGGAUGAAAUGGUAACUGAAUUGGCUGGCUUCAAAAAAAACUACUUAGUGUGUGGUCAGACAUACAGUCGAAAGGUUGAUGUGGACUCCUUAACAAGUCUUGCAAGUUUGGGAGCUACAGUUCAUAAAAUUUGUUCUGAUAUCCGUAUUUUAGCUAACUUCAAGGAAAUUGAAGAACCUUUUGAAAAAGAUCAAAUUGGUUCAAGUGCCAUGCCAUAUAAACGUAAUCCAAUGCGAAGUGAGCGUUGUUGUGCUCUUGCUAGACAUUUGAUGGCAUUAUUGCCAGAUGCUUUGAUGACUGCUUCUGUUCAGUGGAUGGAAAGAACACUGGAUGAUAGUGCAAACAGGCGGCUGAGUCUUCCAGAGUCUUUUCUGACUGCAGAUAUCCUGUUGACUACCUUGCAGAAUGUUUUCGAAGGACUUGUGGUUUACCCUGAGCUCAUCCAGCGAAGAAUUCACCAAGAACUUCCUUUUAUGGCCACAGAAAACAUAAUCAUGGCUAUGGUUAAAAGUGGUGCUAAUCGUCAGGAGUGUCAUGAACAGAUCCGUGUAUUGUCCCAUAAGGCUGGUCAUUGUGUCAAAAUGGAGGGUAAAGAUAAUGACCUUGUAGAAAGGAUUAAAGCCAACAGUUAUUUUACACCAAUCAAAGAUCAGUUGGAGGAUCUUUUGCGACCAGACACUUUCAUUGGACGAGCUCCCAGUCAGGUAACCAAAUUUAUCAAAUUGGAAGUCAACCCAGCACUUGAACCUUAUACCUUGGACCAAGAGACAAGAAAUUGUUUACGUUUUCUUCAGAAAGAUGUGGCAAUUCCAGAAAAGGCAAGGCUUGGGAGAUGUCGAAGUGUUACAGAUUUUGAGAAGAUGAAUCGAGUUGGUGAAGGAACUUAUGGAAUUGUCUACCGAGCACGUGAUAUCCGAUCAAAUAAGAUUGUUGCUUUAAAGAAGAUGCGAAUGGAAAGAGAACGUGAUGGAAUUCCGAUCAGUGGUCUAAGAGAGAUCAAUAUUCUUCUCAACCUUCGUCAUGAGAAUAUUGUUGAGCUGCAAGAAGUAGUGGUAGGCAAAAGCCUAGACAGUAUAUUCCUAGUAAUGGAAUAUUGUGAACAGGACUUGGCCUCUUUACUUGAUAAUAUGAUGGCACCUUUUUCAGAAGCUCAGGUGAAAUGUAUCAUGAUACAAGUAUUCAAAGGAUUGCAGUAUUUACAUGAAAACUUCAUAAUCCACAGAGAUCUUAAAGUAUCCAAUUUAUUAAUGACAGAUAAAGGUUGUGUUAAAAUUGCUGACUUUGGUCUUACACGAAAGUACUCUAUGCCAAUGAAACCUAUGACACCAAAAGUUGUGACAUUAUGGUACCGUGCUCCAGAAUUGCUGUUUGGCUCAAAGACUCAAACAACAGCAAUUGACAUGUGGUCAAUAGGCUGCAUUUUUGGAGAACUUUUAGCCCAUCGACCAUUGCUUCCUGGCAGAGGAGAGAUCCAUCAAAUAGAACUGAUCAUAGAGAUGUUUGGUACCCCGAAUGAUGCUAUUUGGCCUGGAAUGUCCAAAUUACCAGCUUUAGAGAAUCUGACCUUAAAAAAUCAACCUUAUAAUAAUUUAAGACACACUUUUCCGUGGCUGUCAGAAGCAGGGAUUCGGCUACUAAAUUUUCUUUUUAUGUAUGAUCCAAACAAACGGGCCACUGCUGAAGAUUGUCUCGAUAGUUCUUAUUUUAAAGAACAACCUUAUCCUUGUGAUCCAGAUAUGAUGCCGUCCUUUCCCCAGCAUCGACUUAAGCGAAGACCUGUUCCUUCAGUCCGAAAUAAAACAGAAGAAAAAAGAAAAGCUGAAUCUUCAUUUUCUGAAUUUGGUGCCAGUACCAGUUCGAGAAUAUUUAACAAAAAACGGAAACUGUGA